AUGAAAGUCAAUUUAGUUUUACUUUAUUAUUUUUCAGCCAUAAUAGUAAUAAGUGUUUACUUUUACGGAAUUAAUAGAAUUUAUAAACAUAAAUUAAGACUUAAAUUUAUGAAGUAUAAGGAAAUACAUUGGAUAAGAAAUUUAGCAGAAUCUAGUACUGAAGAAAGGGAAUCUAUAGAUAAUUCAAAUAGUGAAUUAAUACUUGAAAAGGAACUGAUUGGAAAGAAUUUUGAUGAUUCAAUAAUUUCAUUUUUAAAUUUAACAAGUGUAUUACUUAAAGAUUAUGAUAAAAACAUAGAAAGAAGGAAAAAUGAUCUAAGUUGUAUGUGUAAUACCUUAAUAGGUGUCAACAAUGAAUUGCUUAAUUUUUUAAAAGAUUCACUUACUGAUUCAAAAAGUCAUAUAGAUAAGAUAUUUGAGAAUGAAGAAUCUUUUAAUAAAUUAGAGUCAGAAAUCUGUAGAUUAAGUGGUACAGAUCUGGCUCUGCAUACUGAUGAGAAUGAUUUACGUUUAUUAAUUGAUAGGGAAGAUAGAGAUGAAUACUUAAAACGGUUAAACUUGAAUAAAGAGAUUACUUUAAAAAUAGAAAAUUCUUUCGAUUAUUUUAAUAAAUUAAGUGAAAAGAAUGAUGCAUUUCUGCCUAAACUUGAUAGUGCCUGGAAUGGUCAACUGCAUACUAGGAUAUAUUUAGAUAAAUUUAUAGACACAUUCCCUUUAAAAUGUCAUCAUACAUACAAGCACGAGAUAGAUAGUUUAGAAGAGGGAUUUCGUACUUAUAUUUCAAUGGAGAAUUUUUCACAUCUAUUUUAUGAUCAUUUAUUUAAGAAUAAGGAUACUCAAAAAUUUUCUAAAGAGAUAAAUCUUAAAUAUUUGAAUUUGUUAGUUGAUGAAUUGAAGGAGGUAUUAGAUAGAUUAAUAAUACAAAAAACUAGUACAUUAUUUGAUCUACCAUUUAUUAAUCCAAAUAAUGAAAUAGAAUUUAUGAUAGCUUACAUUAUAUGUGUACUUGAAACAUAUAGUUUUAAAAAUGAAUCUAUGUUAAAAGAUGUGAAAACUUGGUACGAGGGAAAAUUUAAGAAUCCAAUUUUAGAUAUUAUACAUAAAUCAUUUUUACAAGAAAAAGAAGACAUAAAAAAAUCCUCAGAUUUAUUUAAAGCUUAUGUCCAAACUAAAUAUAAUGUUGAUGUGAACAGUGAAAGUAUUAGAUCAAUGGUAAAAAAAUUUCACAGUUCACUAAAUGAAGAGAAAACUGAGAAAAAAUUUAGUGCCAUUGUAUAUUUAUUAUUGUGUAAGAAACAACUAGAUAAAUAUUUAAGCUUUCUAGAAUUACUUAAAUCAAAAGGUAAAGAGACAUGCAAUGAUUCAGUUGUGCAUAUCUCAGAGGAUAAAUCUAGAGAUUUAAUAGCAAAAUUUAUGGAUAUUCAUGAAAAAAGUUAUUUUUUUAACAAUAUGAAUAUUAAAAAUAUUAGUAUCAAUCAAGCAGUAAUAGACUUAUGGAAAAGUGCAAAAAAGUUAGGCGUCUUUAAAGAUUUGGUAGAUUUAUUAAAUAAGGAAUUAAUUGAAUCAAAAAGUACAUACUUUAGUUCUGGAAAAAGGGAAUUAAUAAACAAAGAUGUAAUUUUAUUUUUACUUUAUGUUAUUAAAAGAUAUGGAUAUAUGUGUCAAAUAUAA